AGAGUAAUUUUUUAAAACCAGAAAAAAGGCGGCUUAUCUUCCCGCCUCUACUUUGAUUCGAUUCAUGAUUUCAUUCUCUCUCCAUUAUUUCCCUCAAGUAUUCUAAAAUCCUUCUUAUUAAUUCUUAUCUGUAAAACCCUAGUUCAUUCGUGAUGCCGGGAGGAGAGAAUCGGAUCACCAUGAAGGGAUCGAAGAGGAGUACUGCAUUUGGUUCCGUAGAAAACGAAUCGGCGCAUGUGCUAGGGCUUCCGGCCACGAAGAAGCGGGCCGUAUUUGGCGAUCUCACCAACACAUGCUCCACUCAGAACACGAGUGUGAGACAAACACAGAAGCCUAAGGCUAAGCAAAAGCCUGGUUUGAAGGACGGUGACGGUGAUGAAUCUGUGGAACCUGGAUUUUACGAAGAUAAUUUCACACCUGAGAACUCCUCUCAGAGGUCUGCCUAUGCUCCGCUCAUCUAUCAGCAUCUGCAUUCGAUGGAGGCUGAGGCGAAGAGAAGGCCUCUGGCAAAUUAUAUGGAGAAGGUUCAGAAUGAUUUAACCCCCAAUAUGCGAUUUGUUUUAGUUGAUUGGUUGGUGGAGGUUGCUGAGGAGUACAGACUUGUCGCAGAUACUCUUUAUCUCGCCGUCUCCCACAUUGACAGAUUCCUUUCUUUCCAUACUCUGAACAGGAAAAAGCUUCAGCUUCUUGGUGUCUCUAGCAUGCUUGUUGCCUCAAAAUAUGAAGAGAUCCAUCCCCCACAUGUUGAGGACUUUGUAUAUAUCACUGACAAUACAUUCACUAAAGAGGAGGUUGUUCUCAUGGAGGGAGAACUGCUGAAGUUUUUAGACUUUGAAAUUGGCAACCCCACAACAAAAACUUUUCUUAGGAUCUUUACCAAGCCUGCCCAAGAUAACUCAAAGUUUUCGACACUGGAAUUUGAAUUCUUGUGUAGUUAUCUUGCGGAGCUAAGCUUAUUAGAUUAUUACUGUGCCCGGUUCUUGCCAUCACUGAUUGCUGCUGCUGCAAUCUUUCUCGCAAGGCUUAUAAUCCUUCCAACACUUCAUCCAUGGAGCAUUGCACUGCAACAAUAUACAGGCUACAGACCAUAUGAUCUGAAGGAUUGUGUGCUUGCUAUACAUGAAAUGCUAUUUAGUAAAAGCGAGGCAUCUAUGGUGGGAGACAAAUACCAAGAUCACAAGUACAAGCAGGUUGCUAAAAUGUCUCCACCCUCGGAAAUUGCUGCACAUUACUUUCAGGAUGUUUGAAGUAGGAAUAAACAAGGCUCUGGU